UUCUUUUUUUUGAGCAUGAGAAAGAGAUGAUAUUGAUACAUGAUAUAGAGCAAUAUCUCCUGUAGAAGUUCCCCUCGAAGCAAAACCAUGCUAACAGAGAUGAUAAUCCGACCCCUCCAUCUCCCUUCUCAGGCUCUCCUCAUCCCUCACUCCUCUAAACCCUCCAAAACCCCUUCUUCUUCUUCUAUUCUCAACACCAAAAACCCACCUUCUUCUUCUUCUUCCUCAGACUCAGGCCUCCUCUUCCGCCAGAAAAUCCUCUACCUUGAAAACCUCAACGUCAAUUCCCACAAAGCUCUCCAACUCAACCCAGAUUUCCGUUCCACCCCACUCUCUUCCCUCCUCUCCGUCGAGCAAUGCCUCUCUUCGUUUGGCCUCACUCGCUCUUCCCUUGGUCGAAUUCUAGACAUGUACCCACAGCUCCUCACCUCUGACCCUCACACCCAACUCUACCCCAUCUUUGAUUUCCUUCUCAACGAGGUCCGAAUCCCAUUUCUUCACAUUCCAAAGUCCAUAACUCGAUGCCCCAGAAUCUUAGUUUCCAGUGUCCCAAACCAGUUAAGACCCACUUUCUCUUUUUUGCAAAACUUGGGUUUUGUGGGUCCUCAUUCAAUCACUUCUCACACCGUAGUGCUAUUGGUUUCAAGUGUGGAAGAUACUCUUUUGCCAAAGAUUCAGUUUUUGCAAAGUUUGGGGUUUUCUCAUGAGGAAGUGGCUACCAUGGUGAUAAGGUCACCUGGGUUGUUGACUUUUAGUAUUACAAAUAAUUUGCUCCCCAAGGUGAAGUAUUUCUUGGAGGAAAUGAAAGGGGAUAUAGUGGAAUUGAAGAGGUUUCCUCAGUAUUUUUCGUUUAGUUUGGAGGGGAAGAUUAAGCCUAGGCAUAGGCUUUUGGUCGAGCACCGUUUGUCGCUGCCAUUGCCGGUGAUGUUGAAGGUUAGUGAUGGCGAGUUCACUGCGAGGUUGAUUGACUUGCGGUUGCGGUUGCGGUUGCGGUCUAGGUCUAUUGAGGGGAUGUAAAUGGCUGUUUAACAGAUUGAAUUUUGUGGGCCCAAGAGGAACACGCCCGGCUGCCUGCAUUCUAUUUAUCCCCCCUCCCCCCCUUUUUGUUUCAACCAAACAGGGGAAAACUGUAUUCUCCUGUCGUCCAUUUCUUCCCCCUCAUUUCUUUCCACCCAACCAAAUGCAUUGUUACAGAUAUUAACAUCCAAUGAAUGUGAUUGAUAUGUGGUGAGGGGAAAUCAUCCUUAGGGUAGCCUUUUUCAAGUUGCACAAAGUUGUAUGCACAUUCUAACCUUUUUGUCCUUGAACAAGAGCGAUUUUGACUAGCCAUUUAGGAAUGCAUUCAUUGCUAAAAGCUCUGCUUAGGAUUACUUAUCAACCACAACAAAGCUUGUGUCCCAAAACUAUGGGUUGGCUAUGGAUCCUCAACAGGUUAAUAAGGGUCUUUCACAUGUAUUCUUCUCUUGCUUAGUAUUAGUUAACAAUUUCUUUUUAAAAUUUUCAGACUCGUGGAAUAUUAUUCAAUGUUUGUUUAAUAGGCAUGAAACCUCUAAGAGGCUGCUUGGAGGUCAUGAGAUGUUAAGGUCAUGUUUGGUAACUGUUUUUGUUUUCUUUUUUCAUUUUCUUGUUUUUAAGGAAAAAAGCUUGCUUUUUUUUUUUUUGGUUGUGUGUGUUUUCAAAAUGAAAAACAUGUUUGGUUAGUUGAAAAGAAAAGAAAAAAAAAAAAACAUUUUCUGUCAUACCUUGUUAUCUUCAAAAAUCUAUUGAAGUAGUAGUAAUUUUAUGGCAUGAGGUUAUAUAUGGGGACACUGGGACACAGAUUCAUACGAAACACAAAAAAUACCCAUUUGACAAUAUCAAUUAGCCUUACAUCAACAAUUGACACUCAACAAUAACAAAUUAUACCAAACACAAAUCAGCUCUAGUAAUUUCAUAAUAAUCCAUAGUCAAAGAAAAUGGAAAAGAGCCCAAAAAGAAAAGCAAAAUAAGAGAAUGGUGUGUACCUUUGAGUGAUUGGGUCCCUAAAAUUAUGAAGCUCUUCAAAAUAUGUGGAAGACUUGCACAUAUCUGCUAUAAAUCACAUACAACAAAAAUUUAGAAUUAGGAAAGGUGAAUGAGAAAUGGACUUGGCAUGAAGAAAAAGAAUAGUAGAAUCCGACGAAGAACAGAAAGGAACCACGAAGGAGAAUCUGAUGAAGAACAAGUACUUAUGUGGUUCUCUCUGUCAAGGUUUUCAACAAUGCCUCCGUGAGGAAGUUGAGGCACAGAGUAGAUAUAGGGGUUCAAAUGUGUGGGAUUUAAGAUAAUCAAUUUUAAGCGCGAAAGUUUAAGAGAAAAAAAUAUAUUAUGCAUGAGAAUUAAAGGGGAAAAAAAUUCUAGGAGUGGGAAAGAGAGUAAAAAUAAUAUUAGAUUAAAACAAAAAAAAAAUUGUUGUUAGGUGGCUCAAACCAGUGUGCCGGUUCAUUAAAGUUGCCUGUAGUCAUUGUUUUCUCCGUGUUUUGUAAGCUUUAGAAAACUGAAAAAUGAAUACAGCCGCAGCUCUGUUUUCAAUUUCCUUCAUAAUAUGGAAAUUGGAAAUAGUUUUUUGUUUUUUUCCUAAAAUAAGUUACCAAACAAGUUUUUUGGCAUAGGAAACAAAAAAUUGUUCUAGAAAAUAGGAAAUUAAGGAAAAAAAGGGUUACCAAACAUAGCCUAUUAUUUUUUCCUUCUCUUUUUUUUUGGCUGGGGUGGUAGGGAGGGAAUGGUUGGAUUU